UCGGAGGCGACCAUACUGUGGUGUAAGGAAGCGAGGGGCUGUGCAAUUCAUUAUUAGUUUUGAAUCAGACAAUAUAAAACUCCGGCUAUGCACUGCCUUUUGUUUGUUUUAUUGAGAAUGUAACGGCAUUUGAACACACGGGCACGCUUUGAAAUGAGGCAGACGUAAAGCACGGACUUAAACGCUCUUGAUUUGAUGUUCUGCUCUCAUCAUUAUCAUCACCACCAGUAUCAUUAGUAGCUAACUGGCAUUUUGUUUUCGGGGGCUCCGGCGAGAAGUGACAAGAAUCCGAGACCCCUCCUCUGCAGGGCGGAGCGUGCAUUUUGAUGUCGAUUUGUAUCUUUUUUUCUUCUCUGACACGUCCGCACUGAGUGAAUGGCAUUGGCACAUUGUCAAUCGCUCACUACUGCUGCCAUCAAACAACAUAAAGCACACACAGCCUGCGCGCUCGACUCAUAAAUUUCAGCCGGCAGAUAUUUUUGCGCAUCGCUUUAUUGCGCGUGAUUAAUUUUUUCGCCAGUUUUUCUAUUUUCCCUAGUCAAACUGAGAAAAGUUUUUUUUAUACGUUUUUAUAUUUUUCCUAUAACCUUUAUAUUUUCGCUCGCCAGUGCUGCUGAUUUAAUUUAUUUCGUUGGGCUUCUUUUAUUUUCUUACGUUUCGUUUUUGGGAGAAGGCAACAUUUUGCCAUUUACUCGUGCUCAAUGAGUUUGUGCAUUUAUUUUUAAUUACAUCGUCAUUAAUUUUGCCUAAUUGUUAGUUUCCAUCAGAGACGUGGGAUGUUUUGUUUGCAGCUGUUUGUAACGCUACGGAUUUGUCCAAGUUUUCAAGAAGUGCACAAGGCGAAAUUAUCCUAAGAAGACAGCAAAUAAGAAUUCCAGACAUCUGCAAAGGAGCCUCAACAAUCACAUCCAGCUCUUCAAAGAAAAAAGACAAAUUGGCAUGAAGAUUCCGACAGGAUUGAACGGGCAAACACUGGCACCUGAACGCUGAAGUUUACUUAAUAGACAAGAAAAAUCAUCGCAAAUUUCUCUCCAAUGGACAUUAUUUCAAGAGGAUCAAAGACGAUUUAAAUAUUUCCCAUAAAGUGGUUCCUGGGACAUCAAUUCCACUAUAUUUCAUCCGAGAAAGCGAUUUAUUGUAUUUGCUGCGUUGCUUCACGGACAAUAUUUUUGUACAUGCUACGGACCCGUGAAACGCCGCACAUGAAAUAAUCAAGUUGUAUUUUGCAUGUGCAUUAUCCGACUUUAUUUCACCAAUCUCAGUGACUGAGCAGAAGCGCAUUGAUUGUGUUGCGGCGGACUAUGGACGAGCAAGCCCGGAUCAUGCAGGCUCUCGGCGGUGUCAGCCUGGCCGGUCACUCGGUACAGGGAGGCAUGGCUCUGCCGCCUCCACAUGGACACGACGGAACCGAUGGGGAUGGAAGAAAACAAGACAUCGGUGACAUUCUGCAUCAAAUCAUGACCAUCACCGACCAAAGCCUGGACGAGGCGCAAGCAAAGUACAGGAAACAUGGACUCAACUGUCACAGAAUGAAGCCUGCCCUCUUCAGUGUCCUCUGCGAGAUCAAAGAGAAAACAGGUCUAAGUAUCCGCGGGGCUCAGGAGGAGGACCCGCCAGAUCCUCAGCUGAUGCGUCUUGACAACAUGCUUCUGGCGGAGGGCGUGUCGGGACCGGAGAAGGGCGGAGGAUCGGCCGCGGCUGCAGCAGCGGCGGCAGCGGCAGGAAGUCCCACCGACAACUCCAUCGAACACUCGGACUACAGGGCCAAACUCUCUCAGAUCAGACAGAUCUACCACACCGAGCUGGAGAAAUAUGAACAGGCAUGUAAUGAGUUCACCACCCACGUCAUGAACCUGUUGAGGGAGCAGUCUCGCACACGGCCCAUCUCGCCCAAAGAGAUCGAGCGCAUGGUCAGCAUCAUCCACCGCAAAUUCAGCUCCAUCCAAAUGCAGCUUAAACAGAGCACCUGUGAGGCCGUAAUGAUCCUGAGGUCCCGCUUCCUCGAUGCCAGACGGAAACGGCGGAACUUCAGCAAGCAGGCCACAGAGAUCCUGAACGAGUACUUUUACUCACAUCUUAGUAACCCUUAUCCAAGCGAAGAGGCCAAAGAGGAGCUGGCUAAGAAGUGCAGCAUAACAGUAUCCCAGGGGGUGGGAACCACCAUCACAGUGGCACAGGUAUCCAACUGGUUCGGCAACAAGAGGAUCCGUUACAAAAAAAACAUCGGCAAGUUCCAAGAGGAGGCCAACCUGUACGCCGCUAAGACAGCCGUGACUGCCGCGCACGCAGUGGCCGCUGCCGUUCAGAACAGUCAGACCAACUCGCCCACCACACCCAACUCUGGAUUCCAGAUGAAAGAUGAAGAAUUUCAGCUGGACUCUGCAGAGAACAAAAACACUCUAUUAACCAACAUGUUCACUGGUUCGUCAGGUUCUUUUAACCUCCCAAACUCGGGGGACAUGUUCAUGAGCAUGCAGAAUCUGAAUGGGGAUUCUUACCAAGGGGCACAAGUCGGAGCCAAUAUGCAGUCACAGGUGGAUACCCUGCGCCAUGUUAUCAGUCAGACGGCAGGAUACAAUGAUGCCCUGGGGGGGAAUUCCAUGUAUAGUCCACAUGGCUUAAAUGGUAACGGGGGAUGGCAGGAUGCUACGACUCCAUCCUCUGUGAUCUCCCCUACAGAAGGCCCUGGUAGUGUGCACUCUGAUACCUCGAACUGAUUUCCUCAUGACAUGGACCCUCCCCAAACUGUGGAUAAAUCACAGAAUUACAAAACCACAGACUGACCAAUCAGAGACACAGAAAAAAACUCUUGCAGAAACAUCUUCAUGGAACUCUCGAGCAUUCAAAUCUACGGUACUUUAACAAUUCCACAGUGUGUUUUGGAAGCCGAACAUUUCUUAGCCGUCACAUCGGUCCACUGCAAUUUUUACUAACAAUCUCUCCUCCAGUUAUAUUAACUCUAUAUGUUUUUUCUUCUUUUUAUCAUUUGAAGUGUACACGUUAAGAAAGUGUUUUUCUCUUUGCCUAAGAUUGUAUGUUACGUUGAUUACUGUUCAUAGCCCAUUUCCAUUGUUCUGACUGUCAGAAAGCUGUAGUGAAAGAUCACUAGAACAUACUGUAUGCCUGCUAAAGUCUAUUUAAAGUAUGCUAAUCCAUGCAUUUAACAGGGCUAAAUGCUAAAGAAGGCAGCUUGGGGAAUUCAUUUCUGAUAUAAUGUGUAUGUUUUUUUUAAGUGUUUUUUUAAUGUCACAUGUUGUGGUUGCAUUGAUUUCAAAUAAGACCUGAAAGCAAUCCACUCCAUUUUGGGGGGUUGAUUUUUAAAUAUCUGGCAAUUAUUGUUUUUGAGUACAGGAAUAGUAAUCAAUAUUCAGUCCACUACAACAAAUGAAGACAUGUUGGAAAUAUGGGUCAUACAGUACUUUUGGUAGUUACUCUUUGGGCAGUUUUCCGUUGAAAAGCGCUCUUGUAUAUGAAUUAGCUAGUUAGAGUAUUUAUACAUCUCACCAAUCAAUACUCAGCUUUAUUACCUCAUUCAAACUCAUAGAAAACCAAUAGAUUUAAAGCUUUUCUUUAGCUUAUAGUGCUCACUGACUACCUCUCAACAAUAUCCCAACCGCCAUUUUUGUCUUUUACUUUCUGCCAUUUUUCGUUGUCUUUUUUAAUACAUUUCUACUUUCGUUAGUUUGGUCGCAUCUUGUAAGAAACUUUCUCUCUCACACACACUCGUUAUGUAAUCUAAUGUAUAUUUUAACCUUCUAAUAAAAAGCAAGUUGCUUUCUUGCAUCUUUGAAAAGAAAAAAUGAAAAAAAAAACAUAAUAUGAAUAAAAUGAAUAUCAUGGAGAGUAUACAGUGGCUGGUGGAGAGGGAUUUUUUGUGGCUGAAGGAACGCGCAGGGGGAACACGGUCAUUACAUUAACACCAAACAGUGAAACUGUUGUAAAUACUGAAGAACAUUUUGAAUGUUGCUCAUCUUGUUACUAAUUCAUGCAAAAAAAGGAAUAAAAAAAUUAAACAAAAACCCAUGAUUAAAAAAGAAAACCUGUAUUGCAUAGAGGUUACAGUAUUCAGAAUUGUACAUUGCAAGCCCUGUGUGACAGGGUUUCGACUUUCUUUCUCCUUUUUGUAUCGUAUGUGAUUCUGAAACUGAUAAAAAGUCAAACAAAAUUUAUUUGUGGCAGUGGUUCUAAUGUAUUAAAGAUGUUUCGUGUUUCUUUCUAACCAGACUACACCCUGGACUGAAAAGUCUUCCUUGUGGUAGUUAUGUGUAAUUUCAAACAUGAAUAAACUGUUUUCCUUUCAUGA